AUGUCUGACCACGGCGAAGAGAUUCCCCAUUCCCACUCCCCCACUGAACGUAAAAGGUCCCUUCCUUCUGAUGACGAUGAUGACGACCUUAGCCAGGAGGAAGGAAGAAGUCGCUUUAAACGUCCUGCGUUGACUAAUUCAGGCGGAGAAGACGACUCUUCUGAGUUCGGUGCUCCAUUUGCUUUUGAAGACGAACCAAACAGUGCUGAACAAGCCGUCUCUCCAUCUGAAUCACCAGACAUUAUGGAGGUUAACGUUCGUUCUCCAGCCGCUACUGAUAAAGAAAAAAAUGUAGAACCAGAGUCUACACUUGCUACUAUUUCUCUGCGAGCUCUCGUAACAACUAAGGAAGCUGGUGUUAUUAUUGGAAAAGGCGGAAAGAAUGUUAGCGAAAUUCGUGAUAGAUCUGGAGCUAAAGUUACUAUAUCAGAAAUGGUCCAAGGUGCUUAUGAAAGAAUUCUGACUGUUACUGGUCCUUUAGACACUGUUGCAAAGUUCUUUAUAUUACAUAAUGAUUUUUAA